AUGGCCGUCGUCUUCUCACUGUCCGGCUUCCUGCUGUCCUCUGUCGCUGUGGUGUCCGUGGCCUCCGCGCAAAACACCUCGCUGCCUGACACCUACCCGGACUUCUCUGCUUGCAGUAGCACUCCCUCGUUCUUCUCGUGCGAGAACACGACGGCGAUCACGAAUACUUGCUGCUCGCCGACUCCUGGGGGUCUUGUGCUGCAGACUCAGUUCUGGUCGACGUACACGGGGCUUGAGGACGAGGGGCAGCUCCUGCCGAAGGGGAGCUGGACGAUCCACGGUCUUUGGCCGGACAAUUGCGAUGGAACAUACGAGUCGUAUUGCGAUCUGUCGCGACAGUACGAUCCGAAUCCAUCCCCCAAGAAACUUGACGACGGAACGGAGGUCCCCGCAUACGACGGUCCGGGCGUAGACACGUUCGUGCAGGACUUUGGCAGAGAUGACCUCCUGAGUUACAUGAACGCCUACUGGAUCAACCAGGGCGGUACCAACGCCGAAUUUUGGGCUCACGAGUUUGGCAAGCACGCCACUUGCACUUCCACGUUCGAUGUCGCAUGCUACGGUGACUCCUACCAAGAACAUGAGGACGUGAUCAACUUCUUCGACGCUGUUGUUCGUGCGUUCAAGCAGUAUCCCACAUACGACAUUCUUGCGUCGAACGGCAUCGUUCCCUCCAACUCGACUGGGUACAGCCUCGACCAGAUUCAUGCUGCACUCAAGUCGCAGACCGGUGCGCUGCCUUAUGUGGGCUGCUCCCACAACGGCACGCAACUCUCUGAGAUCUGGUACUACUCCCAUGUCUACGGGACGGAGCAGUACGGCACGUACAAGCCCAUUGACACGACCUAUAAUUCGACCUGUACGAGCAACGGCACUGUAUGGUACUACGAGCGUACGCCGACUUCGGAGAGGGAAGUUCGGCAGGGUUAUUUCUGA